AGUCUCGCCAGCUGCCUACCACCGGACCAGCAGCCCAGCCAGCCGCCCAUGGCGUCCACGAUCAUGGCCCCCACCUCCCGCGUCCUCGCCGCCAAGACCCCCUUCCUCGGCCAGCCCCGCUCCGCCAAUGGCGCCGCCACCCUCCGCGACGCUGCCGCCUCCGCCAACGGCCGCAUCACCAUGAGCAACGAGCUGUGGUACGGGCCGGACAGGGUGAAGUACCUGGGCCCGUUCUCGGCGCAGACGCCGUCGUACCUGAGGGGGGAGUUCCCCGGCGACUACGGGUGGGACACCGCGGGGCUGUCCGCCGACCCGGAGGCGUUCGCGAGGAACAGGGCGCUGGAGGUGAUCCACGGGCGGUGGGCGAUGCUCGGGGCGCUCGGCUGCAUCACGCCGGAGGUGCUCGAGAAGUGGGUGCGCGUCGACUUCAAGGAGCCCGUCUGGUUCAAGGCCGGCUCCCAGAUCUUCUCCGAGGGCGGCCUCGACUACCUCGGCAACCCCAACCUGGUGCACGCGCAGAGCAUCCUCGCCGUGCUCGGCUUCCAGGUCAUCCUCAUGGGCCUCGUCGAGGGCUACCGCAUCAACGGCCUCCCCGGCGUCGGCGACGGCAACGACCUCUACCCCGGCGGCCAGUACUUCGACCCGCUCGGCCUCGCCGACGACCCCGUCACCUUCGCCGAGCUCAAGGUCAAGGAGAUCAAGAACGGCCGCCUCGCCAUGUUCUCCAUGUUCGGUUUCUUCGUGCAGGCCAUCGUCACCGGGAAGGGCCCAUUGGAGAACCUGCUCGACCACCUCGCCGACCCCGUCGCCAACAACGCCUGGGUCUACGCCACCAAGUUCGCGCCGGGCUCCUAAAUUCCUCACCUUUAGCCAGCCAUUGUAGACUACUCCACCGUUUGAUGUACCAUACGCAUGCACAGAUUGUACGAUGUGAUCCAUCAUCCAGAAUCCAGAACUGAAGAAAGUGAAGGGGUUUUCGGUUUGCA